AUGUGCUCGGUAGAAGGUGAAAAGGACGCUUGUACUGCGCUAGGGACCGACUAUUCUUGUGUCACUGGAUUCAAGUAUGGCUUUAACUCGUUAACUAAAUCGUACUCUUGCGCUCUUUCAAGUGACCUUCAAGCGCUCUUUGAAGACGGCGCGAUUGAUAUGAACUGCGAUCGUGACGAACAAGGGGUAGCUAACUGCACUGCUGUUGUCUACAAGGCCAAGGAAACUGUCAAUAGUGAACACACUAUUACUUGUCACCUGACACAGUGUUCAUUUCCCACGGGGGAUACAAACGGACAGUGUGGUAACAGUACCUGCAAGUGUAGCUCGAGAUGUUCAGAAAUGACCAGGAAAGUAGUGGAGGGGUCAUUGAGUGGUAAACCGGUUACGAUUAAAGCGAAUGAUGACACGCAGGAGCUUAUUGUCUCAAUUGAAGGCUCUCCGCUCCCGUUAUCUGGAACCUGUAAAGCAUCCGGCUGUGAACGUUCGGGAAGUACUGACGAAGGCGAUACUUACAGCGCUACGACUUCUACUAGCGCUGAGGACUCCUCGAGUGAUACAAGCGGCUUGUUAUUAGCUGUCUUGGCCUGUGGAAUCUUGACUGCAAUGUUACUGAUGGGUUGCUGCGCUUUUUGCUGCUGUCCGGUACGAUCACGUCGUAAGGAGGAGGAUCUAGAAGCGGAAUUGCUGGCAGUGGCUGCGCAAUCAGUGAAGACACUUGAGUUUCACAACGUUAGCUGCUUCGCUGACGGCGACAAACAGACGAAUGCCAAGUGUAUUCUCGACAAGAUUUCGGGAAGCGUGUCACGAGGACAAGUACUUGGCCUGCUGGGGCCUAGCGGUUCAGGCAAGACGUCCUUGCUCAACGCAAUUGCUAAGGUUCAAAACGGUAAUUCCAAGUUUACUGGUGAGCUUUUGGUUGACGGCAACAAGGUGACGAAGGACUACCGUCGUAUAGCUGCCUAUGUACAGCAAGACGACACAUUGUACUCCACUCUCACUGUCCGUGAAUGCAUCGCGUAUUCUGCUCGACUUCGCCUUCCCUUAUCGAUGACGGACGCCGCGAAGAGCGCCAUAGUGGAUCGCGUUAUUGUCGAGCUGAAUCUAGGUCACGUUGCAAACUCUCGAAUCGGUUCGGUGGGAGGCAGCAGCUCCGAACGAGGCAUUUCUGGUGGCGAAAGACGACGUGUGAGCAUUGGUAUGGAGCUCGUGACUUCACCUCAAAUCCUUAUUCUGGAUGAACCCACGUCCGGGCUAGACAGCUCCUCAGCUCACUCAGUUGUGAAAAUCAUUAAGGACUUGGCUAGUCACGAUCGCAUCGUGGUGCUUAGCAUUCAUCAACCUAGCGCACGCACCUUUCUGCUACUUGACAAGAUCAUCUUACUUGGAAAGGGUAUACUGCUGUACAGUGGAGCACCAGCGGACGCCAAGGGAGCGUUCCAACAUUUGGGACUUAAGUGCGCUGACAACGAAAAUAUUGCAGACUUCAUUCUUGACAUUGCAACUGAUACGCAACAUUUGCAAGCGAUUCAAGCCGGGCAAGGCCGUCUAGACGUUGAGGAUGCGGCAUUGUCGGCCACGGUGUCUUCCGGCUUACAAACUCACCCGGAAAAGUUAUCUUCGAAAACUUUGACGGACAGUCCUCCGUACGAACCAGAAUCGUCGCCGUUCAUGACAAAGGAAACGUCGGAGUCGACGAGUUGGAUGGCUUUGAUUCAAUCGACUAUGCUCGAGAUUCGCGUGCUCUUCUGGCGCACUGCUCUGAACAUUUUUCGUCACCGUUCGCUUUUGGUACUGCACAUCGUGCUGAGCUUAGCGUUGGCUUUGUUUGGUGGACUAAUCUUUAACAAUGUGUCCGACGACCUUGCCGGAUUCCAAAACCGCAUGGGCGCUUUUUACUUUACGUUGACAUUUUUCGGCUUUACUAGCAUGAGCUCUAUGGACGUGUUCAUCAGCGAGCGUCAGAUUUUCCUUCGCGAAACUGGAGCUAUGUACUACAGAGCAUUUAGCUACUUCCUUGCCAAGACUACAUUGGACGCAGUACUGCUUCGAGUUCUUCCUGCUUCGCUCUUUGCGUCCAUCUUCUACUGGAUUAUGGGAUUGCAAGCUUCAGCGGACCGUUUCUUCUUCUUCGUUCUCGCUGUUGUUCUGUUCAAUGUUGCGGCGGGUUCAAUAAGCCUGCUCGUGGGAGUGAUCGCAAAGAGUGUGGGUUCCGCAAACCUUGGUGCUACCGUAAUUCUUCUGAUAAUGCUGUUGUUUGGUGGCUUCCUGCUCAAUUCUGACACGAUGCCAGGGUCGGUAGGAUGGUUGAAACAACUGUCGAUUUUUGGCUACGCGUUCGAGAUUCUCAUGACGAACGAGCUCCAGGGGACCAUUUUGUCGUUCAAUGCGCCGGGAUACCCAGCCAUUCCGAUAUACGGUGAAGUUUACCUCAAGACGUUGGGCAUGGACUACAAUGACCGCUACUAUGACGUGGCGGCACUCGCACUGAUUGCUAUCAUCCUUCAACUUCUCGCCUUCUUUUUCUUGUGGCGCCAAGUUUCGUCGCAUCAUGACAUGGCGGAUCACGACAGCGAUGCCGGUGCUGCCGUCUCGACACGUAAGGAAGCAUGA